GAUCCCUCCCGAACCUUUCUUUUUAGCUUUGUUCAUCAUUUAGAAAGAACGGAAAAAAUAAAAUCAAGUCUGUGCUGUACAGAAUAGCCAGCAUGAGCAUAACAAACAUCGCCCUCAUCCCGGGCACAACCACCGACCACGGGACCCUCGAUACCCUAAUUGACCGCUACAAAAACAUCCGCCUGCGCGCCCUCAAAGAAGAGCCACAAGCCUUCGGAUCAAAAUACGAAGACGAACUCCAAUUUCCGCAUCAUCGAUGGCAAGCACGGAUCCAGAACCCGAGAGCACAUACAUUCAUUGCUCUUAAUGUCUCACCUGGCUUCGAUGUCCUUGUGAAAUCUGCUGGCGAUAGCGACCCCAGCCUACCAGUGUUGCUGACGACCGAGUGGCUGGGCACACUUACCAUGAUCGGCCCGGAGGCUGUUCCUGAUUCGAACCUGGACGCGAAGGAGCUAUUGGACUUGUUUGAUCGGAAUCGUGCCAUAUCGUCAGGCGAUGGGACUCAUGGGUCUGUUAUGGCGUACGUGUUGAAUGGGAUGUUUGUGGCGCCAGAAGGGCGAAGAAGCGGGAAUGGAAGACGACUGGUGGAGCGGGCAGUUGGAUAUGCCCGGGAUGCAGCAACUGCUGUUGGGGCAGUUCAGGUGUGGAUGUUAGUGUUUGUGGAGGUAGAGAAUGGGCCCGCGUUUGAAUUUUACCAGAAGUUUGGAUUUCAAGCAUGGGAUGGUGAGGUUUUGUUAGGGCAUCGGUAUGUUCGGAUGCUGGAUUUGCGAAUUGUGCUUUGAUGAAGUGCAUUAAGAAGACUAGAGAGACGAUUAGGCAUUUUUUGUUUUACGGCAUACUCAUUUCGAGUACCGAUGGGUAUGAUUGAUGGGCUUUCAAAAUCCUAAGCAGAUAUCCCAUGAUUCCGAACAGAAAAUCCUAAUCAUCGUGUAGACGCACUAAUCAGAAGCUCGCGAAACUUUUUUACUACCAUUUCCCUGAAGUUUCGAUCCUGAGUUCUUGGGUCCCGGGC